AUGAACUCUGGGGCGGCCGCGGGCGAAGAAGGUGGCAACAACAAAAAGAAGCGUGAAAAGAAGGGCUUCAAAGUUGAUCGUCUCGAGCGUUUCCAGCGCAAACACCUCAAUAGGGCGAGCAUCAACGACGCCCGCAGAAACGGCGGCGGCGGAAAUGUAAAGCGGGUUAAGGCGAUUAAGUUUGACGAGGAUGCCCGCCGCGAGUAUCUUCUCACGAUGCACAAAUGCAAGAACGAGCGUCGUGUGAAGGCCUUUGUGGACGCGAGGCAAAAAAUGAAACGCGACAACGCGAGGGUCCGGCACGCCCAACGCGAGGAGGCGCGGCAGGCCUACAACCGCUUUGCUGCUGUCCCCAUCCUGCCGAACUUUACGUAUCAACUGCCACAGGACGACGGUGACGUGGGGAGCGAGAGCGAAGCGGACCCCCGCGGGGAGGGCGACGCAGAUGACCUCUCCAGCCGUAGACGCCGCUCUCUGCUCGCCGCAGAGAAGACGGUUCACGUUAUGCCUACAGCCAUGCGUGGCGAGGACGGUGAGGCGGCGGUGCCCGGCCGCAAGACCCACCUCGAUGAUGAAUUUGUCACGGUGGAGGUGAAGCCGCUCUUUGCAAGGGCUAGGAAGGCGGGAGGCGAUGGCGUGGCCGCAGCCCCGCAGCUGCCGGCCAACGACUUUUCUGACCUCCCCGCGGUGGUGGAGCAGGAACUGCUGCGGCUCAGCAAAGAAACGAAGGGGCCUGCCAAGACGAAGCCGCGUGUGCGUAUGCUGAAGGAGCUUGCCAAGAUCCGCAAAAUCAAAAAACACUCUCAAAAGGGACACGGAAAGAAGACGGCAAAAGGCAAGAAGAAAAACCGCCGUUGA